UUGAAUGUUAAGUAGUUUGUCCAUUUCGGGCCGCCGUCCUGCAGAUCCGCCAUAUUGUCUGCUGAAGCUGCCGCCGAAGCUGCCGCCGCCAAGUAGGAGCGAGCGGAGCCGCGAUGGAGACCAUGGCGAGCCCAGGGAAAGACAAUUAUCGAAUGAAGAGCUAUAAGAACAAUGCCCUAAACCCUGAAGAAAUGAGGCGAAGAAGAGAGGAAGAGGGCAUUCAGCUCCGGAAACAGAAACGGGAGCAACAACUUUUUAAACGGAGAAAUGUGGAGCUGAUUAAUGAAGAAGCCGCCAUGUUUGAUAGUCUCCUUAUGGACUCCUAUGUGAGCUCUACCACUGGGGAGAGCGUGAUCACAAGAGAGAUGGUGGAGAUGCUCUUUUCUGAUGAUUCUGACCUGCAGUUAGCAACCACACAGAAAUUCCGGAAACUGCUCUCCAAAGAGCCUAGUCCUCCAAUAGAUGAAGUUAUCAACACUCCGGGAGUGGUGGAUCGGUUUGUGGAAUUUCUGAAGAGGAAUGAGAAUUGUACAUUACAGUUUGAAGCUGCCUGGGCUCUAACGAACAUUGCCUCUGGAACCUCUCAGCAGACCAAAAUUGUCAUUGAAGCAGGGGCUGUCCCCAUUUUUAUAGAGCUGCUUAACUCAGACUUUGAGGAUGUACAAGAACAGGCAGUCUGGGCACUGGGAAAUAUAGCUGGAGACAGCUCCGUUUGCCGAGAUUAUGUCUUGAACUGUUCCAUCCUUAAUCCUUUGUUAACACUCCUUACCAAGUCCACACGGCUGACAAUGACACGGAAUGCAGUCUGGGCCCUGUCAAACCUCUGCCGAGGGAAGAACCCACCCCCAGAGUUUGCAAAGGUCUCCCCUUGUUUGCCUGUGCUGUCUCGCCUACUCUUCAGCAGCGACUCGGACUUGCUGGCAGAUGCUUGCUGGGCCCUUUCUUAUCUGUCUGAUGGCCCCAACGAGAAGAUCCAGGCAGUCAUAGACUCUGGAGUCUGCCGGAGAUUGGUAGAGCUUCUAAUGCACAAUGAUAACAAAGUGGCUUCUCCUGCCCUGAGAGCUGUGGGUAACAUCGUCACCGGGGAUGACAUCCAGACGCAGGUCAUUCUUAACUGUUCUGCCCUCCCUUGCCUCCUCCACUUACUGAGCAGCUCUAAAGAGUCAAUCCGAAAGGAAGCUUGCUGGACCAUUUCUAAUAUCACUGCUGGCAACAGGGCUCAGAUACAGGCUGUCAUAGAUGCAAAUAUCUUCCCUGUGUUGAUCGAAAUCCUUCAGAAAGCAGAGUUCCGUACAAGGAAAGAGGCAGCCUGGGCCAUCACCAAUGCCACAUCAGGAGGAACCCCUGAGCAAAUCAGGUACCUGGUCUCACUGGGCUGCAUCAAACCCCUGUGCGACUUGCUGACUGUGAUGGAUUCAAAGAUUGUGCAAGUGGCCCUCAAUGGCCUGGAGAACAUCCUUCGACUUGGAGAGCAAGAGGGCAAGCGCAGUGGCUCAGGGGUCAAUCCCUACUGUGGCCUCAUUGAGGAAGCCUAUGGCUUGGAUAAAAUUGAAUUUCUCCAGAGCCACGAGAACCAGGAGAUCUACCAGAAGGCCUUCGACCUCAUUGAGCACUACUUUGGCGUAGAAGAUGAUGACAGCAGCCUGGCUCCCCAGGUGGAUGAAACGCAACAGCAGUUCAUCUUCCAACAGCCUGAGGCCCCCAUGGAGGGCUUCCAGCUAUAAUGUCUGCCUCCGGGGAGGGGAGGGGAUGGGAAGCACCACCAACCAGCGGAAAAGCAGCCCUCUGGUGGGCGGGAUACCAGCCCCCCAUCGUCAGCCACCACACACCUCUGCUGCCCUGGAAACUGUGCUCUUGCCCUGCUCCACCCCCUUCCCUGGAGGGAGCACCCUCUGGACAGACAGAACCAUCUGAGGCUCACAUUUGGGUUUUGUGACGAGAAGGGGACGUGUUGGGUUUUUCUUCCUUACACUAUAUUUUGGCUGCACAUAAUGUCUUUAACCCAGGAGCCCAAGGGUAGACAAAGGAGGACUGAGGUAAUCAAUUUUGCACCUUUUUUAUUUUAUUUUUUUUCUUUAGUGGUGACUUCCUUCCUUUUAUCUUCCUUCAUCCUUCCCAGUCCUCUGCCCUGAUCUGUGUAACUCUUAUCUUGGGUACUUGAGCAGAUGGAAUAUUCCAGAGAUGGGGAGGGGGGUGGGAGGGGAGGGGAGAAAUCCAAAACAAAGUGUUCUUGCUCUGACAGAAUAUUAAUCUUGUAUGCUUGGA